GGGCCAGCGCUGCGGGCGGGAGGUGCGGCCGGGCCCGAGCGCAGCGCGGAGCCCCCGGGCUGGCCUGGCCGUGCUCGGGGCGGGCGCAGCCCCGCGUUCCCCUGAGCACAGCGCCGCGUUCCGGAGCACAGCGCGGAGCUCCCCUGAGCACAGCCCCGCGUUCCCGGGCGCAGCGCGGAGCUCCCCUGAGCACAGCCCGGAGCUCCUCUGAGCACAGCCCCGCGUUCCUGAGCACAGCGCAGAGCUCCCCUGAGCACAGCCCCGCGUUCCUCUGAGCCCAGCCCAGAGUUCCGCUGAGCACGGGGCGCUGCGGCCGGGCCCCGGCUCACAGCAGCUUCUGCAGCUCCUCGGCCUCCUCGGGCUGGGCAAAGGUUGGCGCGGCUCCCGCCGCGUCCAAAGGUUGUGCUCGUCUGGGGAGGCUCAAGAUUCCUGCAGCUGGGCAGCCGAGAGACGAGCGAGCGUCUGCAGGCACGAAUUGAAGACCUCCUGAUCAGGGAUUCAGCAACUCUGUUCCUGAGGGAGUCAUUCAUACUUUCUGCAAUACCAGAGACACAAUGUCUUCUGAAAAUGACUGCCAACCCCAGACCCUGACCAAGCCUGCGCUUGGUGAGAGAGAGGCAGCUGAAUUGGUUGAGAGGGUGUUUGGAUUGAAGGUGACAUGGAUCAGGCCACUCCCCAGCUAUGAUGAUCAGAACUUCCACGUGCAUGUCUCAGCUGAAGGUGCUGAUGAGUACGUCCUCAAAAUCACCAAUUCAGAAGACAGCCAGGAGCCUGACCUCAUUGAAGCGCAGACCCAGGCCAUGAUGUUUCUCAGUGCUGAAGGCUUCCCUUCAGCUACUCCUUACCUGACAAAAGAUGGUAACACAAUGUCCCUGGAGGCGGGAGGUACUAGAGCUGGGAGCAAGAAGUACAUGGUCAGACUGCUGACUUACCUGCCAGGUACACCAGUAGCAAAAAUCACUACCACUGCUCAGAUUCUGUAUGAGAUUGGGAGACUGGCUGCCAGUGUGGAUAAAGUGCUUUCAGAGAAAUUCCAGCAUCCAUCACUAAAAAGUCUGCAUCGAGGUCAGUUCAUUUGGAACCUGGCAAAUGUUCCUCUUCUAGAUCAGUACAUUUAUGCUUUGGGCCAGAACAAAUACCGUGCAGUGGUGGAGCAAGUUAUUGAGCAGUUUAAAGGCAAAAUAAUACCCAAGCUAAGCAGUUUCCGAGCCUGUAUCAAUCAUGGAGACCUUAAUGACCACAACAUUCUAGUAGAGGCCAGUUCUGCUUCCCUGGAGAAUCCUCAGUACAGAGUGUCUGGCAUCCUGGACUUUAGCGACAUGAGUUAUGGAUAUUACGUGUUCGAGGUCGCGAUAGUCAUCAUGUACAUGAUGAUUGAGAGUCCAGACCCGCUGAGUGUUGGGGGACAUGUUCUUGCAGGGUUUGAGAGUGUCCUGCCACUCACCGCCGAAGAGAGAGGUGCCCUCUUUCUCCUGGUGAGUGGGAGGUUUGCACAGUCCCUCGUCAUCGCCGCCCACACGGCUCUGCUGUACCCAGAGAACAAGGAGUACCUCACAAUCACAGCCAAAACUGGCUGGAAACACUUAAUGACAAUGUUCGAGGUGGGCCAGGGAACUGUAGAGAAGACAUGGUUUGAGACUGCCCGGGCGUACACGUACCCCGCACCUGCCCCGUAGGUCCGCGGCUGCGAGGUACGGGGCGUAACACCGGACUGAAUAAAGCAACAAAGCUGCCUGGGCUGCA